AUGGCUUCUCCUGUGCCGCGAGGCCUUCGUCAGGUCCUCCAAAAGUCCCCCUCGGACAUCGUUAUUCUCUCGUCUCUCCGCACGCCCGUCACGCGCGCAAAGAAGGGCGGUUUCAAGGACGCCUAUCCCGAGGAGCUCCUCGCUCAUGUGCUGAAGGCCACGUUGGAAGCGAACCCCAACCUCGAUCCCGCUUUGAUCGAAGAUGUCUGUAUUGGAUCUGUGCUCCAGGAACUCGGUGGUGCCAAAGCAGGCCGCAUGGCCCAGAUUCACGCGGGAUUCCCUCAUACAGUUCCUUUCCACACAAUCAACAGACAGUGUUCAUCGGGUUUAGCUGCCAUUUCGACUAUCGGCAAUAGCAUUCGUGCGGGUGCCCUUAAUGUCGGUGUGGGUGGAGGAAUGGAAUCCAUGACCCGGAAUUACGGCUCUCGCGCCAUUCCUACGGUUCUAUGGCCCGAGCUCAAGGAAUCCCCCUCAAAGGACUCCAGAGAUUGUAUCAUGCCUAUGGGAAUCACCUCUGAGAACGUUGCAUCUCGGUAUGGUAUCAGCAGGGAGGACCAGGAUGCCUUUGCUGCCAACUCUCACAAGAAGGCAUCCGCCGCGCAAAAUUCUGGGUUGUUCGACUCGGAAAUUGUCCCCGUGAAGACUCUCUCUUUCGACGCCGAAAACCCCGAAGCGCCUCCUAAGGAGAUAACUGUGACCAAGGAUGAUGGUGUUCGCCCAAACAUCUCUGUCGAGAAAAUGGCGUCCUUGAAGCCCGCCUUUUCAGCCACUGGUUCCAGCACUGCCGGAAACAGCUCUCAAGUCAGCGAUGGUGCUGCCGCCACUCUGUUGAUGCGUCGCUCCACCGCGACGGAGCUAGGCCUGACUUCAUCAAUCAAGGGCCGCUGGGUCGGCACCGCUGUUGCCGGAUGUGCCCCGGAUGAGAUGGGUGUCGGCCCCGCAGUUGCCAUUCCCAAACUUCUCCAGCUCCUUGACGUGAAUGUCUCGGAUGUUGGCAUCUGGGAGCUUAACGAGGCUUUCGCUUCUCAGGCUCUCUACUGUGCCCGCAAGCUGGGGAUUGACGAGGCCAAGAUCAACCCUAAGGGCGGUGCCAUCGCCAUCGGCCACCCUCUUGGUGCUACUGGAGCUAGACAGCUUGCAACCCUGCUUCCCGAGCUUGAGCGCACUGGCCAAGAAGUUGGAGUUGUUAGCAUGUGCAUUGGAACCGGCAUGGGAAUGGCUGGCAUGUUCGUCCGGGAGUAA